CAAAACAGUACUGUCAAGUACAUUUAGGAACUCUAAUAAAAAUUAAAAAUAGAGUUUUGUUGUAAAUAGAAAUUCAAAAUUAUGAAUUAUGCAAACAUUUUUUUAUUAUAAGAUGAGGGAAUAGGUCAACAUUUGGAAAUGUAAAUGUCCCUACAGGGUGAAAUAUAGAGAUAACGAGUACUAUUACCUAGAAAUGAUCAGUCCUAUUUCCAAAAAUGGAAGGAAACUCUGUAGUGUUUUUACUAUCAGUUCUAUUGGUAAUGAUAUUGAAACAAUCAAAUGCAGGAGUAAUGCACAGUCACACUAAUGAACUACAUAAAGAACGUGAGACUGAUGGAGCUUACAGUCCUAGAGACUAUGACCAUCACAAAGAUGGGGAGCACUUCAGUGAAUUUGACCAUGAAGCUAUCAUAGGAAGUCACAAAGAAGCUGAAGAGUAUGACCAUCUUUCUCCUGAAGAAUCUAAAAGAAGGCUGGAAAUUCUCCUAUUGAAAAUGGAUCUGAAUAAUGAUAGACAAAUCGAUAGAAAAGAGCUCAAAGCAUGGAUUAUUAGAUCAUUCAAGAUGCUAUCUGAGGAAGAAGCAAGAGACAGGUUAGAAGAUGCUGAUGAGGAUGAUGAUGGGCGUAUUACAUGGGAGGAGUAUUUGUCAGACACAUAUGGAAUUGAUAGUUCUGAAAAUAGUCUUACAUUUGGGGAAGACAGUCAACAUUUGAUUGCAGAUGAUGAAGUCAUGUGGAAAGCAGCUGAUGAAAACAAAGAUGGAUUUCUGAAUAGUGAGGAAUGGGUAUCUUUCUCUCAUCCUGAAGAACAACCCAAAAUGCUCCCUGUUAUUUUAGAACAAACAUUGAGAGAUAAAGACAAAGAUGGUGAUGGGUCUAUCAGUUUCCAGGAAUAUAUGGGUGCUAGAGGUACUGAUUUGGGAAAAGAAGAUCUAAUGACUGAAAAAGUGAAGUUUGAUGAAGUACUAGACAAAAAUAAAAAUGGAAAAUUAGAGGGAAGUGAGAUAUUGUCUUGGGUAGUUCCAAGCAAUGAUGAAAUAGCUCAAGAAGAAGUGGAUCAUCUUUUUGUUCACAGUGAUGACAACCAUGAUGACAUUUUAACAUUUGAAGAAAUUAUUGACCAUCAUGAAACAUUUGUAGGUAGUGAGGCAACAGAUUAUGGGGAUCAUCUUCAUAACAUUCAUCAUUUUGAAGAUGAGUUAUGAUUAAGUGAAUGCCAUUAUCUAUUCUGAUAUAGAGGUGUGGUCAACUGGGUAUAUAUUUAUAACUACCAUAACUUGAAGAAUCAGCUGAAUCAGUUUUUAUAUUUUCAAAACAAUUAGGAAAUAAUACAAAUGAACAUUUCUUAGAAGAGCACAUCUAUGUUGUAUUUUGGUAUGCCCCUAUCAAUUUCACUACAACACAAUAUUCAUAUAAGAACCAAUUUCUAAUCAGCAAUAAGAGCAGUGCUGGUUUCAGAACAAAUAUUAACUUUUGUUAGUCAUAUACCUAAUAUUAUAGAUUUAAUGUUUCAAAUUCAACUUAUUUGAAAUAUAUUUUUGACUUUAAUUUUGUACUGACCAGUUAAAAUGUUCAGUUUUAGUCUUCAGAUUUGAACUGAAUUUAUCACAUUUCAGAAUAUGUUCACAUCCACCGAGGAUUCAAUAAAAAAAUUAAAUGAUUAGAUUUUGUUAAUAUAACAUGAUUGAAAUAGAAUGAAAAAAAAAAUGAUUAAAACCUCAACUGCUCAAUAUGUCGUCCAUUCUGCUGCAAACAUUUCCUAGCUCUUUUGAUAACGUUCAUUGUGACCCUAUGUAUCACAUUUCGAUCAAUUUGUGGGCAUAAGUUUCUGAUUUUCUCUUUCAUUUCUUCCAUAUUCACAAUUGGCGACUUAUAAACCUGUUGUUUCAAGUAAUCCCACAAAUAAAAAUCGAGUGGGGUGAGGUUUGGCGACCGAGCUGGCCAGUUAUUA